GGAUCUUGAUCUGUUCGGUGGAAUGAGGAACACCGGCGGACCCUGCAGCAUGGCUAUGGCGAGAGCUGGGGGCUGAGGCGACGCCGGCGCAAUCAUGGCGCUGUCCACGCUUGUGGCGAUGCAUUAUUGCGGGACCGAGCUUGUGAGGAUGGUGUAUUGAUUGCGAGGCACCUAUCGGAUGUCCCAGUGGUUAAUAUGGUACAGGAUCGACGACGGUAGGCAGUUUGGAGUGGCGGAGUGAAGGGCGUGUCGGUGAUGCUCCGGAUACUGGCACGGGAGCGAUUGCAACCGCGAAUUGAGUUUCCUGGCAGCUGAAAUUAUGAGGCUCUGAUUCUCAUUUUUCGUCUGAGUUGUAGGUAUGGUUCCUUCAGGGGAACGGAGUGUUCAAGAAGAGGGGAAGGGUGAGAAAUAAAGGCAGGAUUUGUGGUGUAGAGACCGACUUAGAGGUGGAGAUGAUGGUGAAGGUCUGCUGCACGUUGGACGAUGGGAAGCAGGUAUUGGAUUGGACAAAACUUUCCGUGAUCGCACUCACUUGUUAAGCCAUUGAAGAAGUUCAAGAGUUCCAGAAUUGCACAUUUCAGAACAGCUGCUGCAGCGCACCGUGGAGGAGGAGGGGGGGAAAUAAUUAUAGAAAAUAGAAAAUUAUAGAAAUAGAGGUAUGCAAUGGAUUGCUGCUUGUGUUCCUCUUUAGGGAACUCCUAUCGGCCUCCACGCAACAGUUUGUGCUUGGCAUGCUAUGAAUGUGCGAAGUCAAUUAUUGAUCUCUGUCAGAAGUUGGAGGAACAGUCGCGCGAUGAUGUUGAAGAUGGGGACAAAGCGAGGCAAGUACCUUCUCACGGGCUGCAGUAUGCAUAUAACCAGAUUAAGCAGCUGGAGCAGAUGGAAGAAAAUGUAAGUGAGAAGCUUGAGUUUCUUGAGUCACUUGUAGAGGCUUUCCAAAAGGGGAUGCAUACUGAUGUCGAAUUGAUUACGAAAGAUGGUGUCUCCAUCCAUGCCCACCGCGUUGUCAUGGCAACAAAGUCAUCUGUAUUCAGAGCAAUGUUCGAAUCAGAUGAAUUGAAGGAACCACACAAGGGAGCUGUUUACAUACAGGAGUUGACUCAUGAUGAACUGCGGUACCUUCUUGAAUUCUUGUACUGUGCUGAAAUUCCCCAUGACGCCAUGGCGAAGCAUGGUCGUGCGCUCUUGAUAGCAGCUGAUAAGUACGACAUACCAGUACUGAGCAAGGUUUGUGAAGCUUUCAUCUGUCUUACAGUGUCUUCAUCUAAUGUUCUGGAGGUUCUGGAGUUGGCAACUCUCACUCAUGCUACUUCCUUGAAGGAGACAGCCCUGAAUGUGAUUCUAGAGAGCUAUGAGGACGUGGUCUUCUCAAAAGAGUAUGAAGACUUCGCCAUGCAGAACGCUCUUCUAUCAGUGGAAAUAACCAAGGCCCUUAUAAAGGACCUUAAGAAGUAGAUCGUGAUAUUUUUAAGAUUGUAAUAUUUAUUCACAGAUGAUACCCUCAGGUCGAUCCCAUCUGAACGGCGUAACAUAGCGAAUGGAGAGUAGCACAGAGGGGUGAACUGGCAAAACAGAACCCCAUGUAUAGAUAAAUACACAACGACGCAAUGGGUGCCUCGGAUUGACUCUCUUGCUAACGUAGCCCACAUAGGAGUUCAAGUUUUAAAACUGUGUGACAGAAAAUUUAUGGAUCUUCUUCAUUAUGAAAUGCAAUGGAGGUGGCUGCAUUCAAAGAAUGCCUAUUCUGCUUUUGAAUUCC